CCUUGGGCCCGUGGGCCCGUCGUAGUACUACAACGGACUAUGACAUUAUCGUCUGUCGUGAGAGUGUGUCGACGUCGAGCACUGUCGCGAGGGAACCUUCUGUCGAUGCUGUGUUCUUACUCUUCUUCGACCCCUCCGCCCAACUGUUAUUUUUCCUUGCCCCGCAGAGGAUCGGCCCGGAAGUGAUCAUUGAGAAUUGUGGUAUUACAUUCAGAUUCAUCCUACGCCAAGCCCAACUCAAGUUGAGCCCUCCAUCUCCAAACAUGACUUUUCUUCAGGGAAACGAAAAUUCCGGGAAAAAACUCUUUACAAUUUGACUUUGUUAGUGUUGUAAAAACUUAGAGACGGUGGAUUAAUAAAAUGAGAACAGACGGUUUGGGUUUCUAAUUAGUGUGAAGGUAAAAAGUCAAAUUCCAGAUUAUUGCUCUUGCUAGAGUUCCUCAAAGUUUCAAUGAGUAAACAAUUUGUGUUGAGCUCUGCGAGUGCUUUGAAAACCUUUGUGAUGCAGUGUGUAAAAAAUUGCGUGUGAAUCAUAUUGAUAUUCGUUUUUCUCGUCGUGUAUUGUCAUUCAUUCAGAAUUAGCAUCAUACGUUUCAGUAACUCAUCUAUCUUUGCUCCCUAGUUAGAUUUCUUUUCUCAGUUUUGUAUUGCUUUAAAGAAUCACGAGACUACAUGCAAGAAUAACUAGGUUUUACUUAGAAAUUCGGAAAAUAUGUGUUCCAGGGAUCAGGGUAGCGCCCCCCCUAGCGUAGGGGGGGCGUGGCUCCCCGAACCCCUUUUGGAGGCGUCUGCCGGGGGUGGAAGGCUUCCAAAGGGGUCCAAGGGGCCGCCUUCGCUCCCUUGCAGCUGCCUGCGUGUACCCUAGAGACUUCCUAGGGGCUGGCCCCUCGCCGCCGCAGCAGUUUGCCGGGUGUGGAAGGCCUCCGAAGGCGGCAAAAGGCGCAAGGCUGGACCCCCCGAGCCGUGUGGCCUGUAUCCUCCGGGCCCUUGGUCAUCGGCCUGCCGGCUCUUGCCGCGCAUUUGAUGAAAGCAACCCAGCAAAAGGGGGCAGGCCUCGAGGCCUCCAGCCUGCGAGGGUCGGCAGGGGCCGGGACGUCUGUCGGGGACCUGCAGAGAGGCGCAAGGCGCCGCCCGCUCCCAAUUUUGGCGCCUUCCUCCCCGAGAAUCCGCGAAAAGCAGCGCGGAAGAGAGCGCGCAAGCGCCACUGCAGGGGCAUCCACAGGGUAGGGGGCAGUGCGUUCUUGUAUCAUAUAUAAGCGUAUCAGUUUAGAUUAACAAGUCAGUAACUAAACAAAGGAGUUUCGUUGAAUGAAAUGAUAAUUAUAGAGGCAUAUUUAU